CUCUCUUUCCCUCGAAUAGAGGGAUGAAAGCAGGAGCAGGGCGCGCGAGGCAGCGCUGCUGAGGCAGGGACGGGGCUGCGUCAGAGCGCGUCAGAGCGCGCGGGGCAGGCGGGGGCUGUUGUCACGCUGGUGGGGCUGGCCGGACAUGGCAGUGCGCUUACCUCCGUGCGUGAUAGACUGCGGGACGGGAUACACCAAGAUCGGCUAUGCAGGAAACACAGAGCCACAGUUUAUCAUGCCGUCCUGUAUAGCUAUCAGAGAGACGGCAGGAGUCGGAGACCAGGCCCAGCGCCGCCUGAUGAAGGGAGUGGAUGACUUGGAUUUCUUCAUUGGAGAUGAAGCCAUUGACAAGCCUAACUAUGCAACCAAGUGGCCCAUCAGGCAUGGCAUCAUUGAGGACUGGGACCUGAUGGAGAAGUUCAUGGAGCAGGUGAUAUUUAAGUACCUGCGGGCGGAGCCUGAGGACCACAACUUCCUGAUGACAGAGCCUCCGCUGAACACCCCAGAGAACCGGGAAUAUUUGGCUGAGAUCAUGUUCGAAACCUUCAACAUCCCGGGCCUCUACAUCGCUGUCCAGGCUGUUCUGGCACUAGCAGCUUCAUGGACGUCCAGACAGGUGGGAGAGCGAACUCUAACAGGAAUAGUCAUCGACAGUGGAGAUGGAGUCACCCACGCUAUACCAGUGGCGGAGGGUUAUGUGAUUGGGAGCUGUAUAAAGCACAUCCCUAUAGCAGGCCGGGACAUCACCUACUUCAUCCAGCAGCUGCUCAGAGAGCGAGAGGUGGGGAUUCCUCCAGAACAGUCGCUGGAGACGGCAAAGGCAGUGAAGGAGCGCUACUGCUACAUUUGUCCCGACAUUGUAAAAGAGUUCACUAAGUAUGACAUGGACCCGGGAAAAUGGAUAAAGAAGUACAAAGGCAUCAACGCCAUUAGCAAAAACGAGUUUCAUAUAGACGUCGGAUAUGAGCGCUUCCUUGGACCAGAGAUUUUCUUCCACCCAGAGUUUGCCAACCCUGAUUUCAUGCAGCCCAUUUCAGAUGUUGUGGAUGAAGUUAUUCAGAACUGCCCAAUAGAUGUGAGAAGACCCCUGUACAAGAAUAUAGUGCUGUCUGGGGGAUCAACCAUGUUCAGAGACUUUGGUCGACGGCUGCAGAGGGAUCUGAAGCGGGUGGUGGACGCCAGACUCAGACUUAGUGAGGAGCUCAGCGGAGGCAGAAUAAAGCCCAAACCAAUGGAGGUGCAGGUGAUUACCCAUCAUAUGCAGAGAUACGCCGUCUGGUUCGGAGGAUCCAUGCUGGCUUCCACGCCUGAGUUCUUUGAAGUGUGCCACACCAAGAAAGACUAUGAAGAGCACGGCCCCAGCAUCUGUCGCCACAACCCAGUGUUCGGCAUCAUGUCCUAACGCUGGAGAUCUGCAGGCCUCCAGUGAGCUUACCGAACCUCCUGCACUGUGCUUCAACCUCCACUAUACUACUACUAUAACUACUACUACUACUACUACUACUGCAGAAACUCUACUACUCAAGCUAAAAACACAACUACUACAACUUAACUACAACAGAAUACACUGGAUUUUUUCAGUUACACUUUAUUUGAUAGGUACCCAUCCCAUAUCCAUUGAUGGAAUAACCUGGGGCCUCAUGUACUAAAGGUGCGUACGCACAAAAACAUUGCGUACGUCAUAUUUCACGCUCACAGUCAGAUGUACUAAAUGUGACUCGAACGUGAGAAAGUGCGUUCCCCCACGGCACUUUCAUUUCAGGCGUACGUAUGUUUUUUGUACGUAUAUAUUGUGUUUUUGUCAUUUGGCGACACUUAGAGGCGAUGCAUUGAAAUUACAACUAUUAAGAUAUCCUUUACGCACACAUUGUAGUAAGCCAAUAAUGGGUAAAAUAAACUAAAAUUAAUCAGACAAUUUCAUUGGCUUACUGAAAUAUUGUUUAAUGUGUUUCCACUUAGCCUAGAUUAUAUAAGAAAUGCAUGAAAGUUUGCGCUGGAGUUGUUGGAGAUGGCAGCGUUGGCAUUAUUGGAAAAUAUUGCUAAUGACGUGUGGCUUCUUGGUAAGCAACUCAUUUAAAGCAUUUAAAUGAAAGCAUGUAUUAUCCAUCUUAGAAUAAUACAUUUAAACAAUGGUAAUUAUUAGUAAUUAUGCUACGUGUCUUGCUACACUUUUCUUUCUUGACUUGCAUAUCUUACUCUAGCAUAUUCUUCUUCUUCUUCUUCUUCUUCUUAUUAUUAUUAUUAUAACAUUAUUCUCUGCAUAAUUGAGGGAGGAGUCGUGGCAGGUGGGAUGUUUUCGUGCAUUUGCGCUUGAUUUCAGGUUGAUUGCGAUGUACUAAGAGAAAGUACGUGGGAUUCUGCCUACGCACGGUUUGAUAAAUCUGGAUUUAUUUGUGCGUACGGAACUUUUCAGGUCUGACGUACAGAACAUUUUAGUAGGAAGUCCACGCAAGUCUUAGUACAUGAGGCCCCUGGUCUAUAUUCAGUAUAUUCAGGUAGUCAGCUGACCUCAUUCUUUCAGCACAUACUGUUGCUGAACCUAAACCUGCAGACCAACUGCAGCAUCAACCCCAUUUACUUACUUACAUCCAGGUGGAGACUUUUUUUGGACCAUGCAGUGUAUAUACAGCUCUGGAAAAAAUAAGAGACCACUUAAAAAUGAUGAGUUUCUUUGAUUUUACCAAAUAGAAAAGCUGGAUGAUCACAAUCCAUCAAACCAAACUGAACUGCUUGAAUUUUUACCAGGAGUAAAGCAGCCUAAAGUUAUCCAAAAGCAGUGUGUAAGACUGGUGGAGGAGAACAUGAUGCCAAGAUGCAUGAAAAAAAAACUGUGAUUAAAACCACCAGGGUUAUUCCACCAAAAAUAGAUUUCUGAACUUUUAAAACUUUAGGAAUAUGAAUUUUUGUUUUCUUUGCAUUCUUUAAGGUCUGAAAGCUCUGCAUCUUUUGUGUUAUUUCAGAGUAAAUUCUCAUUUUCUGCAAAUAAAUGCCCUAAAUGACAAUAUUUAUAUUUGGAAUUUAGGAGAAAUGUUGUCUGAAGUUUAUAGAUUAAAACAACUAUGUUCAUUUUACUCAAACAUAAACCUAUAAAUAGCAAAAUUCAGAACUGAAGUGAUCUCUUAAUGUUUUCCAGAGCUGUACAUUCAUUCAUAUAUCAUAUAUACUGUAGGUACCCUUCAAAAAAGUGUUGCCCUUUUAUUCUGUGAGCUGUAGGUCUGGUCUAUCCUAGUGCUACAUCAAAAACAGGAAUAAAACGCAAUAAAUGCACAGCACACGCAUACUGAAGGAAGUCGUCAGCAGAAGCCAUACACCGACCACUGUUUCCUUUACAUUAAGCUCUUUCUUUUCCUUUUUGCUAUUAGUUUGGACAGUUCUCUCUCUUUUCUUGAGGCAUGAAGCUUUAAAGUUUUGAAGUUUUGAAGCGAUUGCCAUUGAGUGAUCGAGCUGAAUGUGUAUAUAUAUAUACAAAUAGAUGCUUCUAUAUUAUAUUGCAGAGUAUUAAACAAAGAAUAGUUUAUAUUCGUAACAGAGAUAUUAGUUUCUGAGCACAGAGAGCAGCCUGAACAUUCACACGAGCUGAAGCUGAAGUAAUAAUAAUAAUAAUAUAUUCUUACUGGAGAGAAAAACACAGAAAAGUUACAUAAACUAUAUUUAAAUGGUAUUUAUUUCAUUAUUUUAGUGCACCUGCUGUUUAAGGGAUGUAUGUAGUCUAUCUUACUGAAACCGGAAGCCCCUCUUUCCUUCUGAUAUGCGUUUAUUUCUGUAUUUUAGUUGAGGAAUGGUGAAAUAGCCCUGCUGUUUGAAGCUAAUGUGAAUAAAAACACUUUCCAUCUCAGAUCUUCAA